CUUCCGGUGGUGACGGUAUGUAGCCGUAAGAAAUCAACUCUUGCUCUCAACACAGUCCGUGAGGCGCCUCUCCCGCUCGCUCGGUAUUUCUCUGAAUCACUCUCUCGCUCCUGCCGUAAGCAACUUCACUUGGGGGGGGAACCCCUUUUGGGGCAGCUCAGCAUACGCACAACUCCAGCGCGCGACCAUGAGUUAGUCCGAGACGAGCAUCCCUGGUGAUAACAAAACAGACUCCACGGCUGCUGCUGUUGCUUCUGCUAUCCAGUGGUAGUGUUAAAGGGGGGCAACCCGCAACAGUAGUUUAAGUAUCUGGAAAAACAAAAAUCGACAUCAAAGCGCGUUCCUUUCUUUUGAAAGAUUUUUCCUCGCGGAUUAAAGGGGCGCCAUUGGCAAUUAAUAUUCCUGCAAUGAACGGUGAAUUUGGAGAUUUUGUGAUGGUGCGCUUGUUGCAGUGUUUGAAGGCAUCCUUGCACUGAUAUGAGGUGAAAAAUUAAACAGUUUUUAUUUGUGAACUAUUUUAUUUCUUGAUUUUUUGUCACACAUAUUAGACAUUGAAGAAAAGAACGAAAAAUUGGGUGCGGCGCAAUUUCCCACACACAGAGUCAAUUUGUGAAAAAUUCAAGCAAUAGCGCAAUUGUGCGGUUGGAAAAUGGUUUAAGCCCGCAGCAAAUUUGGAUAAGUGAGAGCACAUUGUGGUUACCCACAACGGUUCGACGAGGGUCUGACGGCAAAUUAACAAUAAUGUGAAAGUGCAUCGGAAAGUGUUGUUUUAUUUUAUGUUUGAUUAUUGUUUCACUUUGCCCAAAACGAGCAGUGUUAACGUUACGUUACCGUAGUGAAAAUUACUUAAGAUCUGUGAUACACCUAUGAAAUCAUAUGACAAUAAAUUACUAGUGUAUAAAUAUAGGAAAUAUUUUGAAUGUGAGCAUAACUUAGCUAGCUAAAAUUAAGCAACCAAGAAAGGAAGAUCAAUUAUAGUGUAUCCUAGCAAAUCUAUAUUACAAAAAUCAAACGAAGCUCACAUCAACGUGAAUGACCGCCAUUUUGAAAACGCAAGGAUUUUUCUCCUGUUACCGUCGCGCGCGCUCUCUCUAACUCUCGUCCGCUCACGUUAAGAACAUAAACCGAGUGUCGGUUUGGGUUGGGCAACAAAGGAAGGGAACCAGCCAGCCACCCAAGCAAGGCGAAUCGACCAACCCAUCCGAUCCGACCCGCCGCCAUCAUGCUUUCCCUAAUCAUCGAGAAGGGUGGCGGAGCCAAUACAUUUCCCAAAGGAACAGACCACCAGCCGACCCCACCACUAUCCAGCGUCAAUCGGGGGGUGUUCCGAGAACACCACAAGCGGGACAGCCAAUGGCGCCCCCAGCCAAAGCCACAUCAUGGAAUUAGCGGUCGUACAAUUGGCACCGCUUCUACUGUACAUACUACCACUGUCACUACUACUUCUAAUACUACUACUACUGUUGCAAGCAAAGCCAGGGAUAUCGUCCUGGUAGGACUAGCACUGGCGCUCCUAUUGGCCGUUGAUGUGGAAUCCAAAGCACCUGACCACUACUACGGCCGUGAAAUCGGACACUUCAACAGUUUCGGCCAUGGAGUUAAGGGCCGGGUGUUUGCCGUGGACGAGUCAACUCUGUUCGUGAAAGGAUUCGCCUACGACGGUAGCGCACCGGACGCGUUCUUUUGGGUCGGCAAUUCACCUCGCCCAAGCCCCGAGGGAUACUUUAUACCCUAUCCGGAGGAGUACACCGGCGUAGAGCCACCUGCACUGGGACCGCACGAGAACUCCGAUAUCAUCCUGAAGCUGCCGAUGGGCAAACGCAUCCGGGACAUCCGCUGGCUGUCGGUAUGGUGCAGAAGGUUUACGGUUGACUUCGGCGACAUCUUCAUCCCACCCAACCUGGACGUCCCGAAGCCCCGCGUUCUGCCUGAGUUCAAACGGCUCGCCCACGGACUUCGCUCCAGUAACAUCAGCAUCCUGGACGCGAAAACAUUCUACAUCCCAAACCUGCACUACGACGGGGCCGGACCGGAUGCCUACUUCUGGGUGGGCAACGGUUCCAUGCCGAACAUUAUGGGUAUUAAAGUUCCUAACGAGAUCGGCUCGUUAGAUCCGCUGCGGGGCUACCAGGGCGAGGACAUCGAGAUCCAGCUGCCUGGCAAUCUGACCAUGUACGACAUCGACUGGCUGUCGGUGUGGUGUGUCGAGUAUCGGCACAACUUUGGCCACGUUUAUAUCCCGAAGGAUCUGGACAUACCGCCAGCGCUUGGGCAGACAAAAAUUGCGCCGCCUUGGUGGUAUAAACCGACAACAUCCACGACACCGACGCUGGUGGCACACAUGACCACCCCGAAGCCGAAGAACGUAAACUGUAAGGAAAUACUACGAGGCAAGCUGAAUGUGAUGUGGGAAGUGGUCGGAGAAUACGUUGAGAUCGAACUGGUAGGGCGGAUACGUGAGGACCAGUACAUGGCGUUCGGUAUAUCCGGACGCAAUGGACACCCUCAGAUGGUGGGAGCUGAUGUGGUGGUGGCGUUCUACGAUCGUAAACAGCGACGAUUCCGGGCCGAGGAUUACUACAUGUCGGCAUUGGCUCAAUGUGAUGGUCGACAAGGCGUCUGUCCAGAUGAACGGAUAGGAGGAAAAAACGACGUCGAAUUGAUUUCCGGCGACCGCAGCCACGGAGUAACCCGCAUCAAGUACCGCCGCCUGCUGCAAACGAACGAAGCAGUGAACGAUCAGGCUUAUCCAACAAACCGCCAAAUUUCGGUGAUUGCCGCCAUCGGACCACUGAACUCACAGGACGAAGCCAACGCACACUCGCCUCAAGACGUAACCCUGGACGACACCCAGAUUAACUUUUCGUCCAAGAACGAUCACACCUGUACCGACGCGUUGGACAGCAUUAGAGAGGUAGGAGGUCCAGAACCGUGGCCUACGCGAACCAUUAUCGGGGAGAAGACAAUUAGUGCAAAAAUUGGUCCAACCGGAGGAAGACGCGGCUAUACGCCAAUCACCGGACACCCAUCGUGGGGCAUCGCGUGGUACCUGAACGAUAUGUUGAUCCCCGAGGUGUACGUGGAACGUGGUCAGACGUAUACGUUUGUGGUCGAGGGUGGAGAUGACUCUACCCAACCAGCUAAAUACCAUCCAUUUUACAUUACCGAUUCGAGUGAGGGAGGUUACGGUCAACUAACGGAUGCGCAAAGGAGACGCGAGACCACCUUUGCCGGUGUAGAGUUUGAUAAGGACAAUUACCCAAUUCCAACCGCUGCGGGUAGAUACUGUGAGUGGAAGCACAAAACCGUAGACAAGUCAGAGGAGACCGAGACUUUCGAGGAGUACAAAAAGACACUAUAUUUGUCCUGUGACGAUCCGGAUGGGCAGCCGGCUUUCCUCAACUGGACGGUAGUCGAUGAGACACCGGAUCUGGUGUAUUAUCAGUGCUACACCCACCGAAACCUAGGCUGGAAGAUCCACGUUGUGAACCCGGGCAUGACGGACAAGAUCAACGGAUCGCAUGGUUUGUUCGCUGUAAGCUCACAAAGUAUACUUCUGCUGGGAAUAGCUCUGUGUAUUAGCCUGCUAGCGACCGGGCGGUGUCCGACAUUCUGAUAGUAACUUCUGGAAUUUGUUGCUUUUUGUUCCAAAAGUUAAGCGCAACCCAAACGCUUGCAUUUGUUUCAAAUACUAAGCCCGGCGCGUUUGUAAGCAAUUAGCACAAAGUUUAGCUCAAAUACACUCGGUUAUGUUCCUGCGGGGAAACGCGAUUGGCGAUGGUUUAGAUUCUUGCGGUGCGAUCUAUCGUUCUUAUUAUUAAAACUUUCCGUAGCUCUGAUUUUAGUUUCUUUUAUUGAUAGUAACACAAGUACUGAGCAAAUAAUCAAUGAAUAUCAGCGCACCAGGAUUGAUAUUUAUUUGGUUGGUUUAAAAUUGCUAUCGAACAUUUCCAACGCAAACGAACCAAUCGAAUAGAUUUUUUGAUGCAGCGGAUUCAAAUCUAUAUCCGUCCACUGUAAGCCAACAAAAUAAAUUAUUAUUCCAACACUGCUGUCAAAAAAAUAUUUCGGUGUAUCGAAAGACUCCAAACCAUCGGGGACCGGCGUGUGUCCUAAGGGAGGUAUACUGAAUUGAAAAUUAAAGCAAAGAGUAUAUAAAACAACCAUGCGGUAUCGCUUGAAAAACAUAUCUUUCGUAUGAGUGAGCAGAUGAAUUUAGCGGACGGAACGCAACGUGGAUGGAGAGUGAUCGAGAACAGAUUAUUGCUAGGCAAAGCCAGCUGCAUGUUACGUAGCGAAAAUUUUGGAGAAAAGUAACGAAAAAAGGAUUGCGUUUUGCGGUAUGCUUGAGACUAAACGCUAGGUUAAUAAUAGUAGUUAUUACUAUAUCCCAGUAUUGAAAUCAAAUCACACAAUUUAUCAUAACCUUAUUAAAACAAGUUCCCUGCAAAUCGUGGACGAAAGAUGGCGACAGUUAUGCGUUUGAUCAAAAAUAUACAAAGAAUAAAAUUUACAAACAAAUCAAAAGACUUGACAAAGUACCGCUUUGUCUGGAGGUACUUUCGAAGAAACAUCGAAUGGUUACUGUCUGUUUAUUUUUAUACACGCUAUUGUUUUUAUUAUACACGAGACAAUAAUGGAGUAACACACAGCUCAAAAACAAAGGAUACUUUUUUUCCGCCUGAGUUCAAUCAUUCAUAUAUUCAUGAAACAUACAUGGAAAGAGCAAUUUCGAAAUGAAAUAAUUGCUGCAUGGGUUCACUGAGAGCGAGAACAUUGCUAGUAAACACGAAGACAAUAAUUAAAAACUAAUACAAAUAAGCAAAAUAAUGCAAGUCAGAAAAUGAGACAAUAACAAUGAAAUCAAUUCAAAACAAACCUAAAGUAUGAAAAGAUGAAAUGAUUUAUUGAAACAAUUUAAAAUAAUACCAUUCCGGAUAGUAGAUAUAAACAAUUACUACCUAAGCAGCACUGAGAAACGAAACAUCAUUAGAAUUUUUACGACAAUAAUUAACGAAGGAAAAGGUGUGACGACAAUAAAGAUACAAUGUUUCAAAUUUAAGUGUUUUUGGAAUUUCACACACACACAACUUAGAUAGACUAAGAAAUGUAACAACUAAGCGCCCAACUUGUAGAUAUCUCUAGUUUAACUUUUUAUUAUGGUUUGUUUCACCAACUAUUAUUGAUAUGAAGUAAGCUUUCGUUGAAUAUGAAAACAAAUUACAAACAAAAAAAAAUAUCUUGUUACCGUAUUUUCUAGCUGUUAUAAUUGAUUGAAAAAUCGGAUUGGUUCAAACAUGAAAGAAUUCAAACUAUCGACGAACACAAUUAACAAAUAGUUCCACUCAUGUAAAAUCUAAGUGUAUGCAUCUGAAAGUUGUUUGCCAUAAGUGCAAAAAUAAAAAAGUAUAAAAAGAGAACAAACCUGUAAAUUUCAUAAACGAAACUCAAAAAUAGGCUGGCGUAAUGCAAUUUAUUCAAUUUUACACUAACAGAACAAAACAAAUAAUUCUUCUAUCUUCAAAAUAUAACAAAGCAAAAACAGAAUGGAAAAAGAUAGUCGUCAAAAUUGGUAAAGCCAAAUAAAAACACUAGUUUGUAAAUACUGCUGAAUCCGAGGAUGCCUCUGAGUCCUUCGAAGCUAUCAAUAGCCGAAAUGAUUGCGUGGAAAAAUGAGAAGGAGGACCCGUUUAGAAUAUACUACUUUCGAUGUCCACCGUGAAGGAACAAUCCAAAGAAAAACGGAAAGGUUCUUGUUCCGGCAUGUUUUGGUUUUUGGAAAUGCUGUAAGUACUUAAUUUGUUUUUCUUUUUUGUCGAUUGUUUAGAUGAGAAGGUAACGUUCGCAUUGGAUGUUCAUCAGAAGUGGGAUAAUCUGAAUCGGUCUUAAGGGAAUCACAUUCAAUUUAGUUUCCUGGAUUCGUGAAAAUAUCUACCAUGUUUUCAGGAACAUGAUAUCGUUACGAAUUAACUGAUUCUGGAAAAAAUGACUGUUGGAUAUUCGUCGAAUCCAUCAAGCUGAAAUAGGAAUAGCACAGGGUUAACUGUAAAUUGAGGUUUAACAUCAUGAGUCCGACGGAGGAAGACUAUAACCCAUGAAACGUUUUGUGGGUGUUCUACUUCAACCUAAAUAAUAUCUCCGAAUGCAAAUAGCUCUGUAUUUCAGAAAUUUUUACUCCAAACUUUCGAGCGCUGCCUAGCCAUACAAUCGGUUCAGUUUGUAUCUGUUUAGUUUAACCAAGCUUGAUCGUCAAUUAACCAUAAACAAAAUGCUUUUAUAUUUAUCACAAUUGGAAUCUGGAAUCUCUUAUAGUGUUUGGAGUAUACAAUUCGAAAUUUCACAAUUCUCUAGAUUCAACAACAAAAAUUUAAAAAACACCCACAAAACGUGAUGCACUUGAAAAAAAAGAGGAAAAGUAUCGAGAUAAAAACGCUAAUUCAGACAAUAAGUGUCAAUUAUUGACAAUAAGUAACAUUCUACAAA